GAGGAGAGAGUAAUGCGCAUGCGGGCGUGUCUCCCGGGACUCUAGAGCAGGCGAGCCCCCGGCACUUUCGGUAGGUUUGGCUUGCGCGGGUUUUUGCAGAUCUGGGGCGAGCUUGCACGUCGUAUCGCUGGUGCAUCUCUCCUUGCUUGCUUACGUUGCCACCACUUAGGCCUCUAUUGCAGAAAUCGCCAUACACUCUUAAGGGCCGCAGAAUCGGGAAGACCUUGCUGACUGAUUGGCACACUCUUGGCAGAUCUACGUGCACAAGUUGGACGGAGACGUGUAGAUUUCAUUUUCCCCAGCUUUACAGCUUCUCUUUGGCCCUCGGGCCAGGUUAGCUUCUCAGGACAGGCCUCCCCAGCCUCGACCCGGAAGCUGAGGGGCAAAAACUCAGAAAAGCAAUUACUCCUCCCUGGUGAGGCUUCUGGAGGAGCAUUAAUAGCGACAUGAUUCCCCUUGCAGCCCUAUAGAGAUUGGUUUCUCUGUCUUCCCUUACAGUCGUGGUCUUAACGUUCCUGUGUUAAGUGCCAGAAUGAGUGACCGCUAUCUAGAACAAAGGAUUAGUAUCAAAUUUUGCGUCAAAUUGAACAAGUCUGCAAGUGAGACCCACCACCUUUUACAAGAAGCUUAUGGGGAUGAAGUCAUGUCCAGGGCCAGAGUUUUCGACUGGCACAAAAGGUUUAAAGAAGGGCGGGAAGACGUUCGAGAUGACGCCCGAAGUGGCCGUCCAGUCACCCACCGGACGGAUGAAAAUAUUCAGAAGGUCAAGGACUUGGUUUGUUCAAACAGGCGGUUGACAGUGAGGAUGAUGGCCGAAGAGUUAAAUUUAGAUAAAGAAACUGUUAGACUCAUUCUGAAAGAAAACUUGAAUAUGAGAAAAGUUUCUGCAAAAGUCCUAUCAGGUAUUUUGAAGGAUGAACCUCAGCCUGGGAAACUUGACUUUCGGUCUGAUCUUUCAAAGGAAACUGGGAAAAAUAGCUCGUGUGUAAGGAAAAAGAUAACAAGUUCUGAAACAUGGACUCAUCUCCAGUGUGAAGCUGGCGGGGAGAUACCUCUGCCUGUAUCUCAUCCCCAGAACCACUUCCCUGCCAGCCAGCUUCUGCAUGCUUCAUCAUCAACAAGCCUUCCCACCAGAGCAGCUCAGGACUGGUUCACACCAUGGUGAAAGGAAUGUGAAGUAGCCAAGCCUGAGGUAGAAAGCUGCCUCACAGUUGGGCACCUUCCUUUGCUGCCCCUCCAUUUUCAGUCUUUACCAUUCCUUCCCCCAUGUCACAGCCCUCCCAGUUACUCUUGCUGGCCUGCUGGGCCAUCCUCCAGUUUUGAAGAACUUCUGGCUGUUGACUGCUGGUACUUGUUUGUUCUUGAAUUCUUUUGUUUAACAAGUUUGGAUCUCCUUGCUGCCCAGACCUUAGCUUGUGGCUAUCCUGUUCCCGUGUUCUCAACAUCCUGACUCAGGGGUUCAUACCAUUGAAAGGUGGGAACAUGACCCCCUGGAGUCUUUCUGUGCCCAGGAAUGCAUAUUCUUCUGGGAGGACCCCAAAAGAAGGCCUACAGUUCCAGCCUGCUUCCCAGGCAGGACCUGAGGUACGGUACAGAAGGCUGUGGCACGCUGACCUAGUGAGCAAUGCUAAGGGAAUAUCCAGCCCAAAUGACUCAGUAGGAACCCCUCCGUAUUGAGGGGUUGGCCACCCAUACUAAUCUCACAGACCUGUCUCUCACAGAAGAGCUGGAUUUGUUUCAUUAGUCCCAUGCUU